AUGUUUGAAAACUUCUAUGUUGGCCAGAACGAAUCCAAACGGAACAAUAAUAAGGAGUAUAAACUAAACCUUUUAUUACAAAAGUAUGUGGAGUUGCAAAAGAUAGAUCAGCUCGGCUUAACGGUACAGCAGAGGAACAUUCUUAAGAAAAGUAAAAGAUCCAAGCGGCUAGUUACCAAGCUUAUCCGUGAGAGAUUGACCAAGAGGUUAAAGCCUGAGGAAACAUUUGAAAUAUGGCACUCGCAGAACAAUUUAAACGUAAACUUAGAGAAGCAAAUGCCAUUCAAAGACGUAGGGGAUAUUAUAGAUGAGCAGGGGAAUGAUGCUAGUAAGUCCCUAGAAACCUCCGACUCAGAAGCUGAAACCGAGUCUCAUAAGAAUAUUGAAUCCCAGCUUAACAAAUUUAUUAGUACCUUUGACAGCAGUGAUAGCUGGACGAAGGCUAACUUGUUGAUACGCACCAGAGGUUUGGAGACGCUUCCACAGACUAACUCUGGAGAGGACUGCUACCCCAGAGGAACGCCGGGAUUUAGUAAAUAUCACGUAACGAACCUCAGGAACUUGCUCCAUUUGAAUAUGCUUCGCAGAAAUUGGGACCUUGCUUAUAAGGUGUUCUGUUUAUUGGUUAGGCUUCCACAUGUAGAUAUCAGAUCAAUUUGGUCAUUGGGAAUAGAGAUAUUGCAACAACAAAGGAAUGCGCAAGGACUGGCACAAGAUGAACAUUUGCUGCUGCUGCUGCUGUUAUUCAAAGACGAGCGAUUCUUUGAUUGGUUGUCGUCCUUUUAUAUAAUUACUAGGUCGACUGUGUCCAAUUCUCGACUUGUCGCUGCUCCUAUUUGGAGAUCAGGUUCCAGAACUCAUGCUCCCUUGUACGUAAUAACAUCGCUUUGGAACCUUUUGAUUAAGGGAGAAGUGCUGAAGGUCCUGGAAAGACUUGAAGAGCUUUUGUUGGAGCCUCCUUUCAACACAGACGGGGCAUUCUACUUCCUUUUAGCACUUUGCCAGUUGGCUAAAUGCUUUGAUGGGGAGGAUGUUGCUACCAACAUUGCCUUGAUUAAAAAGAAUUUGGAUAAGUGUAAACAAUACAAAUUCGAGUACCCUAAGGAAUUAAUAGAAAAAGAGUUAAAGCAGGUCUUUAACAAGGAUAACUAUAGUAUUGAUCUAAGCAGGAACGAAGACGCAUCAUCUGAUGAGGACGAAGAGGAAGACGAGGUAAUAAGGACAAGUUCAGGCACUGGCACCCAAGAAAUUCAUCAUGUUUCAAUACCUAUGGAUCCUUUUGAUGAGUUUAAUGAUUUUGAGGAAGAUAUUCCUGAUCUACUAGAGUCACUGCCAACAAAGGUAGCAGUGGAAGAGAAGGGUAUGGAAUUCGAUUUCGAUUUAGAUUAG